AUGUCAACUGUGGAGAUGGCCAAUCAAUCAGCAUGCGACAAAGAUGAUUGCACCAAUUGUACUUUAGAUUACAGUAUCCACCAGACCCUGUUUCCCACGGUCUACAUUGCUGUCUUCGUCAUCGGCCUCCCGACUAAUCUCCUGUCCCUGUAUCACAGCUACCUGCAGAUCAGACAGAGGAACGAGCUGGGAAUCUAUCUCUGUAAUCUGACCAUCUCAGACCUGUUACACCUCGCCUGUUUUCCCUUGUGGAUCCAAUACUUAUUGAUGAAGGAUAAUUGGGUGAAUGGUGAGUUGCUGUGCAGGUUUACUGGGAUUGUCCUCUAUGAGAAUAUAUACGUGAGCAUCGCAUUCCUCUGUUGCAUUUCCAUAGAUCGCUACUUAGCACUGGUCCAUCCUUUAAGAUUCCACACCUUCCGAACUUUGAAAGCUGUGCUCUUGGUUAGCACUCUCAUCUGGAUCAAAGAAAUUGGAACCAGUCUUUUCAUUUUCACCCACCACGGGACAGUGAAAGAUCGAAACAAUCACUUACUCUGUUUUGAGCAUUAUCCACUGCAGUCUUGGCAAAGGAGAAUAAAUUAUUAUCGUCUCUCUGUCGGUUUCCUUUUCCCCAUUGUUCUGUUGGCUUUUUCCUAUCGUAAGGUGUUGAUAUCUAUCCGGGAGAGUCAAGGCAUUCAACAGAGUCAAAAGUUAAGGAUCAAAAAGUUAGUGUUAAGUGCCAUAGUCAUUUGUUGCAUUUGUUUUGCCCCUUAUCACAUCAUGCUGCUGAUCAGAACUCUAUCUGAGGACACUUGCAACUUUGCCAGGAGCUCAUUCCAUUAUUACCACAUUGGGCUGCUGUUGACCAGUUUGAAUUGUGUGGCUGACCCCAUUCUCUACUGCUUUGUGUCCGAGAGCACACAUGGGAUCCUGAGGCAGCUCCUGGAGCCUCUCGUGAACCGCAAACAGAAGGAGGGAAAUAAAUCUUCACCAAUUAGCACCCCAGAAAUCUAGAGGAUUGCAAAUUAGCCCACGGGACCAUAUCAACGGUUGGCAGCCUUGGUGCAUUGGGUAGCUCUCUUUCAUCUCUUGAGUCAGAAGGUUCAAGUCCCAUUGUAGCAAUUGUAACAUUAUCCAGGCUGAUAGUCACAGUGCAGCAUUGAGAGACCGCUGCACUCUGAGGUGCCAUAUUUUGAGUAAGAAGUUAAACUAAGCCCCCGUCUUCUCUCUUAGGUGGGCAUAAAAGAUCCCAUGGCACUAGUCAAAGUUCUUGCUGGUGUCUUGGCCAAUAUCAUGAAAGAACAGAUUAUCUCCACUGCUGUUACCUGUUGGUAUCAACUUGCUACUUUAAAAAGGAUGAAAAAAACUUCCCUCUAUUCAAAGUAUUUUUCCAAGAUGUUCUCUGAUUUUAAUUUUGAAUGUAUGAUGUAAUUAACCAAAGCUUCAAAACCCUCCCCUGAUAUUACAUAUGUUUAUACCCCACCUCAGCCAGCCACUGCUCCCUUUUCUCAGGUAAGGUUAGAACUCUGAGUCAGAAUUAAGAAUGGAGUCGAGUUUUCUGGCUGGAUCUGGGUUAUCGGAUGAUUAUAAUUGAAAUAGAGCUCCCAAGAUUCGGGGCAGGCAGGAAAGUGAAGUUGAGGCCGCAGUCAGAUCAGCCACGAUUUUAUCGAAUUGUGGAGCAGGCUUGAGGGGCCGAAUGGCUUACCCUUGCUCCGAAUUUUUGUGUUCUUGUGAGGGAUAUUAGGGUUAUAUUAGAGUUUCCAGGAAGGAUCAGGAUUGGAUUCAUUCUUCCAUAGACAGUAGGAUCGGAUUGGCAUUGAGAUUGGAUUAGAGCUGCCAUUAGGCACUGGAGCACUUUAGAGUUUCAGAUAAGGACCAGGAGAAGAUCAGAGCUUCAGGAGUGAUUUGGAAUUGAAUUAGAGGCGUAUUUUUAACCUAACUGGUUAGCAGCAAAUUGAUGAGAUCAGAUCUGCUGCCCAUUUUAUAUCCCAACCCAUUGAAGUAAAAUUCCCAGAGUUGGGCGGGGAAUAAAAUAGGCCUCCGACCCCAAACUAUUUCAACCCAUCCCAUCCCUUCCAAUUCCAUUCUAAUCUGACUAGGCCAAUUAAGUUAAAAUUACUUCCAGAGUUCCUGGUGCGAGUUGGGCUUGCACUGGAGCCUCUAUAAGGAUCAGGGUUGGGUUAAAGAUUCAGGAUGAUGGGACAUUUCCUGUGGGGAGCAACCAAUAUUUGCAUUAAGCUCUUUGAGCACACUUAGGUGAAGCACAAAGCUUUCUCUAUUCUGCCCCAAUGAUGUGCCUUAGCCCCAAUCUCUGCACGUUUCACAACUAGGCGCAGUGGUCAUUUUGUUCCCUAUUGCGAACGAAAUUGCCAAUUCUGCACUGUGUGCGCUAAUGCCCACUGCAAUUAGAUUGACGCAUGUCACAUUUAUUACAGACACAGGAAACUUAUAUGAGUGAAGGAGGUCCAUGUGGAGCGUAAACAGAGCACAGACCUGUUGGGCUGAAUGGCCAGUUCCUUUGCUGUAAAAUUCAAUGAAAUGAACACAGAGAAUGCUGGGCAUGAAGCGCUGGUCAGCCAAAAUCUGAAAGAGAAAUGACAGGUUAACAUUUAAGCUGCGACCCUUCAUCUGAACUGGAGACUCUGAAGGACACAGCUCAGGAGCCAAUGCACAUCACCCGCAGGCGCUGGAGAUCAGAAAUUCAAAUGAAAAGUGCUGGAAAAUACUCAGCAGCUCAGGCAGCAUCUGUGGAGAGAGAAACAGGGUUCAAGGGUGGAAUUCCACGGCAGCGGGAUUUCACGUUCCUGCUGAAGUCGAUGGAGUUUAGAAUGGAAUGCUGCAUUUUAUAGCCCCGCCCCCGCUAUAAUUGGGCCAGAAAAUUCCAGCCCAAGUCUCAAGUUAAUGACACAGCUCAGAAGGUCAGUUGCUAAGGGGGAGGUGGUGGUGUAGUAGUGAUGUCACUGGCUUAGCACUCCAGAGGCCCAGGCUAAUGCUUUGGGGCUUUGGGGUCAUGGGUUCACAUCCCACCGCAGCAGUGGGUGGAACUUAAGUUCAAUGAACGGAAUUAAAAACUGGUCUUAGUAAUUAUGGCCGUGAAACUAUAUCCAAUAGUUAUAACCCAUGAGCCCUGAUUCAUGAGUGCCCUAAAGGGAAGGAAACUUGUCAUCCUUAUCUGGUCUGGCCUAUGUUGACUCUUCAGCUGCCCUCUGAAAUAGCCCAGCAAGUCAAUCCAUUCAAGGGCAAUUAGGGAUGGGCAAAAAAUGCUGCCCUUGCCUGUGAAAUCCACAGACUGUGAGCAAAUAAAAAAAAGUAAGAUGCUAGUUCUUGUGUUACGCAGGUGCUGGCUUCCAAGAGGUUGUUAGGUUUACGUAUCAAUGCUUUUUGAAACUCCAUAGAAAUCUCAUUCACUUAGACCAUCCUCUCUCCUAUUUCUUCAAUUCCAUCAUUUCGCAACAUUGAUUUAACACGACCUACCCCUGAAAAAUCUGCAGAGUUCCUCCGAUUUAGCCAGCGAUUCUCAGUUGCUUCAGAAUUUCCUCCCACAUUAUCGAUCGGAAUUUACUGACAGCCAAUCAAACAAUUACUGAUGUAGAAAUUUCUGCCUUAUCCUGAGUCACAUUCCACCCUCCCUUACAAUGUUCCUUUCCAGAUAAUUAGAAAGUUAUUCUCAAAGUCUCCGCUGAGCCUCAGGAUCUUACACACAUUGAGUAAUAGGUUUGGGAAUGUCAAAAAUUCCAUAGGCAGUAAAACCUGCCAAGAACGUUUCUAACAAACUCAGUGUAUCAAAAUGUUUCGACAAUAUCAUCAUUGGAAACUGUCCAUUCGUUUUGACCUCCCCCUGGUUCUUCACAGUUUACACACAAGAACUUCAGGCUUGUUACCAAGACCAUAUCAAAGACAGUGAUGACUUGGUUUAUAUCACUCCUUUCACAACAUCAGGAAGAUGACAGUUCCCUCUGGAAGUGUCAGCCUAUAUUUUGUGCUCAAGUCUCUGGAGUAAGACUUGAAACUUGAAUCCACAACCUUCUGACUCAGAGGGGAGAGAGAGCUACUGACUGAGGGUAGGCUGACACAAUGCAGUCAAUGGCUGCUGCUACAAAGAGAGAACUUGAAUUUCUGUAGCACCUUUCACAACUUCCCAAAGUGCUCCACAGCCAAUGAUGUACUUUUUGAAAAUCCAGGCCUUGCUGUGAUGUAGAGAAACAUGGAAGUCACUUUGUGCACAGCAAGCUCCCACAAACAGCAGUGAGCUACAGGAUGAGAAUUUGCUGUCCUGCUGAUCAGGGGGCGGUUGCCGAGUGCUGACCAUGCACUCCAACGCAGGGGGAGGCAAAAUAAAUGACCAAUUAUCACCCCAAACUCCUCUGACUUAUACCUCCUGGGCGGGCUCAGGAUUAGGACCAACUGAAGUCUAAAGAAUCUGAAAGCGGAAUGAUGUAGGCCAAUUUGAUUAAGUCUUUUAUGCUGGCAUUUUUAAUAAACAGUUUAUUUUUGUGGGUACUCUAUUUAAAGGUUUUAUUUCUGUACCACGCUUUAUCAAUAUGAAAUGUACUUAUGUUUAAUUAAAUUGUAAUAACUUUGUCACUUCAACAUUAAAUAAAGUUUGUCAAAUGUA